AUGUUGAAGGGAUUGCCUCAGCUCCAGAUGCGCGUGGAUAUGAUGUAUCCACGAUGGCACUACGUGAAGGCUCAUCAAUUGUCAUAUAAGGAGUCUUUGGCCAUAAUAAAUGACCCUUUGGAGCUUAUCCACUCAAACGUGUUCGGGCAUUUGAAAAAACCGUUAGUUGGAGUCUUGUGGUACAUGGCGACCUUCAUCAAUGACUACUCCAGGCACGUCAGGGUUUAUUUCAUGAAAGAGACAUCGGAGACCCUAGCAUUUAAGGAGUUCAAGGAGACGGUUGCGGCCAAAAUUGGCAAGAAGAUAAAGUGCUUACAAACAUAUAAUGGAGGAGAAUACAUAUCCCAGGAGUUCACGAAACAUCAAGGUGAAUUUAUAAAAUUAGUCGUUGCAAACGUCGUUAGAGAACUGAAGAAGUCUUACUUGGAAGUGGGUACUGUCCUAGUUGGAAUCGAAGAUCGUGCAGAAGAACUUUUGAAAAAGUCAGAAGUUGGCAUAGAUGAUCAUGUUCGGGUCGUCGGGAUUUGGGGCAUGGGCGGCAUAGGGAAGACAACUCUAGCCAAGUUUGUUUACAACCAAAUCGUGGACAAUUUUGAAAGUUGUUCUUUCCUUAAAGAUAUCCAGGAAAUGUCCCGGCAUCAUACAGGCCUUCAAAACUUACAGAGUCAAUUGGUCUCUGACAUAAUAAGGCGUGAGCAGCAGGCCUAUGCUAAUGUAGAGGAAGGAAUCAAUGUGCUUAGGGAAAGGCUUUGCCAUAAGAAAGUCCUGAUUCUUCUCGAUGAUGUCGACCACAUCAACCAGAUUAAAGCUCUGGCAGCAGACGUUGGUUGGUUUGGCCGAGGAAGCAGGAUCAUCAUCACGACCAGAGAAAAGGGAGUCUUGGAUCAAUUUAAAGUGCAAGAUUUGUAUGAAGUCGCAUUACUGGAAGAAGGUCAUGCUUUAGAGCUCUUCUGCAUGCACGCAUUCAGAGAUAAGUCUCCCAGACCUGACUUGGCUGAAGAAGCAUUGCAGAUCGUGAACAUAACUGGACGGAUUCCUCUAGCUCUUGAGGUUAUGGGAUCAUUCUUAUCCGUCUAUGGUGGAAGGAAGGAUAUGUGGCAUGCUACAAUAGAGAAGUUGAAAAUUAAACUUGACAUGGUCGAUGUCCGAGAUAAGUUGAAAAUAAGUUACGAGUUAUUGGAAAGUGAGCAAAAGGAAAUAUUCCUUGACAUUGCAUGCCUUUUCAUCGGUAUGGACGCCAGGCUAGUGAUUCCCAUGUGGAAAGAUGCUACAUUUUCACAAGAAGUGGGAAUUGAGAUCCUCCAACUAAAGUCGUUGAUUAAAAUCAGAGAGGACAAUACAAUAUGGAUGCACGAUCAACUCAGAGAUCUUGGCAGAAGCACUGUUGAACAAGAAGAUAAAGAACCAGGACACCGGAGUAGGCUGUGGCGCGGUGAAGAUGCAUUUGAUGUAUUAGUGCAACAACAGGGAACAUCAAAAGUGGAAGCCAUCAGUCUAGAAGGCUAUCAUUUCAUGGAGGAAGAAGAUUGUAACGACCCGAAAUUUCAGCUGGAUUUUUCCUAUAUUUCCUCGAUAUCCAUUACCACAUAACUAUUCGCCUAAAACUGGCUUUCCAUAAACUCUCAAAAAUAUAAAACCAAUCUGGUAAGCUCUAAUAUGUAUAUACAUCUCAAAAGAGAGUAAUUUUCUUUUCUCAAUCAAUCACUAAUCCAAACUAAACAAAAAUUUCAAGUCAUAAUAUAUUCAAAUACACUCUAUACAAAAAAAAUACUUAUCAAAUAACUAAAGUUCCUACCUAAUCCUCCGAGCUGAUCUCCAAUAUCAAAAGAGUUCUCCUGUACUGCUAAUCUAGCUCCUAACUCAUCUGAAAAACAUAUGCAGAGUGUGAGCUGCAUGUCAGUGAGUACUAAAUUCCAAAGCAAAAAUGAAUUAUUAUCAAAUAAAUAUUUAAUUGAAAACAACCAAAUAUUCAAAUAAAUAAUAAAAUCACAUUCAAUGCAACUAUCAACUCACCGCACACAUAAUAUAUAUAUAUAUAUACAAACUAUAUUAAUAAUUAUAUCCAAUAUAUUAACUAAAUUAAGUCCUACUAAUGAAUACACAUAACUCUUCCAACCAUUUCUUUAAUAUCCAAUAUCACAUAAACAUCAAAUAUCCAUUCAUUAGCAUUCCAUAGAAAUUUACAACACAACCACUUGACAGAUUCAACUCUAACAACAACACGGUUUUCAUAGAACAACUUCAGACAAUCUCAACAAUAUCACAUCUCCAGCACUCUCACAUCUCCAACAAUCAUAGCAGACAAACAAUAUACAAUACAACCAAUCAAUAUAGCCACAGGGUUGCAUUUCCUCGCAACAGAGUUAUGACGGUACCGUGACUUCGCACAUCUUAUUCAUAUCAUCCUCAACUCCCAAUAUCCAUGUCUCAUAAGCGGGGGCUGCCCAUUAUCCUCCAGCAGUAGGAGUCUAGGCGUCCAUUUUAUAUCCUGCCGGAUCAGCGGUCUAGGCGUCCAUUUUUUUUUUCCCGCUGAAUCAGCGGUCUAGACGUCCUUUUUUACAUCCCGCCGGAUCAGCGGUCUAGGCGUCUAUUUUUGUAUCCCGCCGGAUCAGCGGUCUAGGCGUCCAUUUUUGUAAUAUGCCGGAUCAGCGGUCUAGACGUCCUAUUUAUAUACCGCCGGAUCAGCGGUCCCAUGGCUAUAAUUAAACAACAAUCACAAGCAUAAACAAUUGCACCCAUGCCAUUUCACUUCAUAUAUCCAUACUAAUUUCCUAUUCCCAAUUUAUCACAAUAUCAUCACAUAUCUCAUACACAAUCAAUAUAUACAAUCACACCGCAUAUCUCAUGUCAACAUGAAACAUAAGAGGGUAAUAUCUCUCAAAUCAUUUCACACAACAUAACAAGACCGAUUUCUUAAUUUCUAACUAUCGCAAUA